AUGUAUGCAAGGUUAUUAUUUCAAGGAAAUCCCGUAGCUAUUGUUAAAGUCGACAAUGGCGGCAAACUAUCUCACGAUCAAAAGCAGAAAAUUGCUAGAGAAUUCAACUAUUCCGAAACAGUGUUCUUAUAUAGCACCGAUGACAAGAACCACCGCGUCGAGCUUUUCACGCCAGUCAAUGAAAUGCAAUUCGCUGGCCACCCGAUUAUUGGGACCGGUCACUUGCUCUUCCGAGAGUCAACCGCCAGCGUAACUGAGAGACCAACAAGCCUGACCAUCAUGACCAAGGCGGGGCCCGUUCCGGUUACGUAUGAUCGGGAAAGCCAAAUUGUGCAUGCGAGUGUACCACACAACAUCCACAUUCACCAACAAGAAGCCGCUCUCGACCAAAUCUGCGCAGUGCAAGCUAGUAUGGAAUCGGCUUCGGAUCUCUCCGAGGUCAAGACCACCCACCCGGCGGUGUCCAUGGUCAAGGGGGUCACAUACGCUCUAGUGGAUCUUACAAAAAGACAGGAUAUUUUCAGCAAUCUUGUUCCUGGGGCGAGCCCCCAGCUAAAUUUGGACGAAGGAUGGGCUCCAUCCUUCACGGGUGUCAUGUACUACCGCCUCCUCCAUCCCUGCACACAAAGUGGAGGUGACGUGGUGAUUUGGGAGCUUCGCGUUCGAAUGAUUGCAAUCAAUCUAGAAGAUCCUGCCUGUGGCAGCGGAGCAUGCUCCUUGAGUGCCUAUCUGGCGCUGUCAUACGGGCAGCCGAGCCAGAAUCACCGAUUCAAUAUCCAACAGGGUUCAGAGAUGGGAAGAAGUAGCAGAAUCAUUGUGGACGUUGGUUUGGACGAAGAUGGACGUCGGGUGAGGGAUAUAAAACUGGCAGGGCAAGCAGCCUUUGUUGCAGAAGGAAAGAUGUAUGUGGACUGA